CAAAAAAUAAUUUCUGUAUAAUAUAAAUUUAUUUAUAUUACACGAAACCCCUAUUUAUUUAUUUAUUUAUUUAUUUGUAUUAUAAAAAAAAACCCCUAUUUAUUUAUUUAUUUAUUUAUUUAUUUAUUUAUUAAUUUAUUUAUUUAUUUAUUUAUUGAACAAAACAAACAAACAAAUUUUUUAAAAACAAUAAUAAUAAUAGUAACCCUAAAAAAUGAAUAAAAAAAUUUUAUUAGUAUUAUUUAUUAUUGUAUCUGUGGUAUAUGCAGAUAUUUAUGGCCAUGCUCCACCAUUUAGUAAUAAUCGUAAUCAAGAAACAGGCCAAAAUAGAGAUAACGCUCAACGUCUUUUUAAUACUCAAAAUAAUGCCAAAGGUGGUUAUUGCAGAGGUGAUGCUUUAGAAUGGUAUGAAGGUUCAAUUCUUCCAGUCCAAUGGACAGUUCAACAUGGUUGUGGUAGUGACGAAACCGAAUGUAAUAUCGUCAUUCAAUAUAUGUGUACAGAUUCUGCUACAGCUGCUCCAUGGGAGUCAAUUCGUGAUGGUACUAAUACAAAUACUAUCGGAAAUACUUUAGAACAAGCUGUAGAAAAGGUAGAAAAUACUGAUACCUUUGUUUAUGGUCUCCACGAAUCCUAUUAUUAUUACCAAAAUUGCACAAAACGUCAACGUAAUAGAGGUCUUUUCACUGCUAAUCAACUCGAUCCAAAUAACAACCAAAAUGCCGAUAGAACUCGUCAAAGUAAUGGUGGUACUCGUUAUGGUUAUGAAUGUCAAGAAGAACGUGAUUACUACCCAUACUGGGCUCCAUCACCAUGGAAAGAUGUUGCCGUAAUCACUGAUAACAAAGAUCUCUGCAAAUAUUAUCAAUCAGAAUCACAAAAUGUUAAAUCCAAAUACUAUUGUGCCAAUUCUAAUCAACAAUUUGCAACUAUUGAUCCAAAACAAUGCGCUAAUGAAGGUACUUGGACUGAAGUCCCAUCACACGGUAUUGGUAAACCAAGCUGUCAUAAAGCUGAAUGGACUGCUGUCAAUCAUCUCGGUCACACUUUACAUGGUGGUGCUCCAGCUACUUUCAAUUGGACUCUUCCAGGCAUUGAUCAAGAACCAUGUAUCAAAACAGGCACUUGUCAAUGUGUAUUACGUAUUCGUUACAAUAUUUCAACUUCUGAUAUCAAGGGUUAUGGUGAUGAGUUCACUGAUUACCGUGAUAAUAAAAAUACCUCAGUCAGUUACAAUGAUCCAAAUAUCGAACUCAGCCCAGGUAAUAAUGUUACUAUCAAUAUCAAUCCAAAUCAAUAUGGUAGAACUUUCCAAGAUCGUACUCAUGUUUUCCGUAUUAAAGCAAGAACCCCAGAAUUAAGAGGUAAAAAGAUUUGGAAUCUUUUAGUCAAAGGUAAAAGAGGUAACAUUGUCAACUCUUAUCCAGCUCAAGAAUACAUGUUUGUUCCACAUGCACUCAAAAUUAAAAAGAAUGAAUACAUUCACUUCCAAUGGACUGGUUGUGAUUACAAUCCACAAGGUAACGAUGGCAGUGGUCGUAAAGGUACUGAUAGAUCAAAUAUGGUUCAAAUUAAAUCACUCAAUCACAAUAUUCCAUUAAAAGAUGAUGAACUCGGCAGUAAACCAUUAUUCACAGAUAAGGAUGUUCGUCUUAAAUUUGCUCUUUUAGAUCAAACAGGUUGCAAGUCAUACGAAGAUUUAUUAGCCACCAAUGCCAAUGAUAAUGACAUUGAACAAGAUCCACAAAAUUGUAUGUAUUUAAAUGCCGCUCCAACUCGUUUCGAUGGUGGUGCAAGAAAAAUGUCAAAUACUGGUACCUAUUAUUACAUGUCAACUCGUAAUAACAAUUUCUCAAAUCGUAAUCAAAAAGGUUCAAUUAUUGUUGAACCAUUAUUAGCUCCAUGGCAAAUUGGUCUUAUUGCUGCUGGUUGCUCAUUAUUCGUUAUCAUUGCUGCUGUUGGUGGUACUGUAGCCUUUGCUAGAUUCCAUCCACACUCCGGUGCUAAUCGUGUAGUAUCAAAAGUACCAGGUCUCAAGAAACUCGUUUAAAUAGAUAACACAAAAUUUUAACAAGUUUAAAAUCCGAAAAAAAAAAAAACAAAAAAAAAACUAUUUAUUUAUUUAUUUAUUUAUUUAUUAAUUAAAAAUUUUUUAAAUAAAAAUUAUUAAUUUACCAUUAUAUCAAUUAAUAUAUAUAUUGAUAUCACACU